AACCAACAAGACUUCAUACGCCACGCUUCCGCCAUUUUGUUGUUGUUUGUUGGAUUUUACUAAGGGAUGGACGCACGUUGAGUGUUUAGUGUCAGUAAUGACCAUUAUUACUAAGUACAUAAUAUAAACUGAACUAAAGGAGGACUAAUGUGUCGUUCAGUAAUGUUUAAAAAAAUACUAAAUUAUGACGCGGGACGCGCGAGGCACGAAUAUUAGCUAACGACUGGAGGCCAUCCCAAUUUAUAUAUCUGAUGUCGCAGUUACAAGAACUGACCUAUCGAAAAAAAAUUGAACAUCUUGACGGACAUGUGACUAGUCAACUAUGAGCUGUUGGAGCAACUAAGCUGGGUCCUUGUGGCGGUUCACUUUGUUCAGAAGUUAAGAUAUUGCCUUCAAAGUGAGGUAAUUGUAUUUUUUUAGUUGCCUCAUGCUACCUCAGCAACUAUCGUCAACGUCUGCUGCCGAUUCUGGAUCAAGAAAUUCUCAAAGCGCUGGUGAGAUGUGCCGUGAAUACAUUAGAGGCAAUUGCACCAAAUAUGGGCAGUGCAAAUAUCGCCAUGAGCUCGAUACAGAUAGAAUGAAAGAGGUCUUACAAUUUUGCCACGACUAUCAAAAUCGAAACGGCUGUACACGUAAAAACUGUAAAUUUCUUCACGCUACCAAAGAAGAGCAAAAUACGUUUCUUGCAACUGGUCAAAUCCCUCGGGUUCUAGCUGAGAAACACGCCGCCUCGGCCGCUGCCGCCUCCAACAUGCAAUCGAAUGCCGCAAAUGCUGAGACGAUUCCACAAAUAGCGAUGUUCAUCAGCGAGUCGUACAUGACGCAACCGCCGCCUGCUCCUUGGCCGCCGCUGCCACCGCCACAAGCGGGGCUGCUGCCGGUGGCGACCGCGCCGCCUCCACCGCCGCCUUCGUCGUCGCCGCCCCGGCACGCAGCGGGCCCCUCUGCUCCACCAGCCCAGCAGCUCCCUCUGCCGUCCACUCCCACGCCAGGCGUUUCGCAACUUCGCCCGGUACCCACACCUUACUCUGCAAUGCCACAGACAUUAUUUUCCGUGACCCAGCCGGCGGUUGUAGUGCCAGAAAAGUUUGACCCAUCUAAGCCACCGCCGCCUCUGCCCUCGCACAUGCAGCCCACCAACAAUGGCCCUUUAAAAAGAAAAGUGGACACGAACGGGAACGCUGCAACAAGCAAGAUUCGGAAACCCGAUGCCCCUGAAGUGUCAGAGCAACACUGCGAAAGCUGUGUCCAGCGAGAAUUAAGAAUUGACGGGUACAAGCAGCAGAUGGAAGCCUUGCACAAUGAAGAAGAAACACAAAUUCUAUUAUAUAAAAAGAAAUUACAGGAGUAUGAAAUUGGGAGAGACAUCUUGAAGAAACUUGUUGGACCCGAACUGUUCGGCGUUUUUGAUAAUCUGAUUGAGGGGGCCCAGGCACCACAGGUGGAUAAUUCAGUGUCUUUUAAUUCGUAUUCACCAACUGUGUCGGAACAGGCUGUCAUAUACAUGUACAAAGUAUUCAACAUGCUGCUCGGCGGUGGUGCCAGAAACAUCAUCGAUCCGGUUCCUUCAACAUCUCAUAUGGAAGAAACGUUGCAGUCCCUGACAAGGCGGCAUAACGUGGGCUACACUAACGCUGGGCCAGACUUAAUAAAAUUCGUCACGGAUACUUUAAGAAACAGUAAUACAGCAGAGAGGUCACCAUCUGUAGAAGAACGCCCAAGCGAACCAGUGAUAAAUCACAGAACAAAUGGCUUUUUAGCUAAUGGGCAAAAACCUCUCACGAGCUCAAGCGAACCUACGAGGUAUGGCGCAACCGCCGGUUACGCCGGGCCGAACGUGCAGGUACCAGACUUCGGCGCCCGGGCGCACCAAGCGAUGCCGAACUACGCCGUGGCUGGCCCUAGCGGGUACGCGGGCGCCCCGCCGUCUGCGCCGCCGCCCGCCGGCUACAUAUACAACCCGACCGUCCCGCCACCAAACCGGCAUUACUACCCUCAGAACUCUGCGGUGUCGGGUACUGGGAGCAUGCCGUACAAUGGCACAGAAAGACCGCCCGGCCCGGGCCCGGCUCAAGCAAUGCAGCCGCCUGCUGCGCCAGGAGCUCUUCGACCGGCGGCAAAUACCCCAAAUUAUAAUUACGUGGCCCAAUAUAAUCAACCGCCUUACUUUCCACCUUACCAAUAGCCUCUCCAGUCCGCAAGCUUUGGUGGAUCAUACGGUGACCAUUAUCGAGAAGGGACUAUUUUAAUCUAGAAGGACACUACGUGUUUUAUACCUAAGUACGUUUUACGAUGCGACUGCCAGUGUGAACUUAGUGGAGUGCAAGUGUGUUUCCCUUGACGAGACUGUACAUAUACCUACUGUUAGAUACUUAUACCUAUUUAGCUUAUAAGCGAACUUUUACUUUAAUUAUCAUAAGUAGUUUAACAUAAGUAUAAAGUGAAUAAUUUUUACAAUAGAUUAUAAUGUUGUUGUUAUUAAAUAUCUACAAUAUUAUAAAAUUAAUGCUGGAAUCAUAUGUGACUUUAUUUAA